AUGUCUAUACGGCUCAAUAAAUCCCUCAAGCGGCCUUCGAUCUUCCAAACACAUUCGGUCUCGCUCACUCAACCUUCCAUUGGCUCUUUUACCCCAGACAUAACCAGUCCUUCUCAGCGUUCAAAUAGGUUCAAAUUCGCUGCGACAAUAGUGUCGAGCACCGUGAAGAGAUUCAAGCUUCGACGAGGCAGGGCGGAUGUGUCGCUGCUCGAGGUUAUCGUUCCUGCCACACUGGCUACUGCGGACCUUCCUCUGUCGUGUCUGUCGAGACGGAGGAGAGCCCGCCGCCCUUCCCUCGCGGUUGACAUCGCGGCCGUCUCGAUAAGCAGCCCACGACCUUCGCAACUAAUCUCACCUACCAAUCAGUCUCUCCCUCGUCCAUCUGGACCUCCCAAUCCAGGACAGGGGUGCACUCUAUCACCCCGCGAUGCUUCACGGACGGGCCGGGUCUCAGCCAUUGCGCACGGAGACGAUAGUCAUACUUCUCUCUCUCCUCGAGCCUUACAAACUCCUGCCCGCGACCUACUCCCUCGAACCAUUGCACUUCCCCCACGACCAUCGACCUCGUAUAUUCUAGCCCCACAACAUCAGCCAUUGAGCCCCACCAUCUCAGAAUGGCGAGACUCGACCCUUCGCCUGGUCACCCAACCUCUCCGAGAUGAGAACGUCCUCAGAACUACACAGAACACUUUUUCCCUCGAGAGUCGCACCCCACGCACUCCAGCUCUCCUCCCUUCGAACACGUUUGCUGUCGGGAGCGGACCCUCCAGUAACGAAAGCACCCCUGGCAACGAGUUCGACUCCUCAUUCGAACAAUACUUCCGCAACUCGAUACACGACGAACGCCCCCGCACCCCCCUGUCUGAUUUUGGAGGACACUUCUUGAGGGAAUCUACGCGCGCGUAUAGUCCAUCUAUCGUUCAUUCAGCCCGUGUCCGUAGCGAGCAGGGGCACGAUGUGUUGGAUGGGGAGGUCGAUUCGACGGAGUCGGUGUACAAUACGACCAGAAGGGACGAAUUGGGGCCUGCGCUGUCGGUUCUUCUUCUUCCGCUGGCGUUGUCGGAUAGUCCUUCAAGAGCGAGUAGCCGGGCGAGGAUCAGAACGAAACCGGUCGAGGGUAGUGUGAGUGGUGGUCGUGGUCGUGCAAAUGCCGGGCGCAACACCUUCGGACAGACGCAUGCCGAGUCGAUAGGACAUAGCGUCAGUGAGAAUGAUGUAUUCGGCGUUCUCGCUGAUGAUGAAGAGGACACUGACGGUAGCACAUCCGAUCACAGUGUUAGAAUUCUCACCCCGCAAGCUGUUCGAGUGCACACUUCGCGUCGCUCCGUCGCAGAUUUUAUACACGGUCCGGAGGGUUCUGACGGUCUGCAUGACGGGGCUAGUGAUAUCAGAAGGGAAAGAGAAUUUCGUGCGGAUGAAUCCGUAGCGGAGGAUCCUGACAUCGUCGCUUGCAAAGGGCCCUUCCCUUUAGGCCGGACCAACUUAGUUAACAGCCCAGCCGUUAUGGAGGAGGUCCAGGAUCCUGAAUCCGUUGCUCACUUCUUGGAAGAUAACGGACCAGCUCCUCGUUCUAUGGCCCCUUCCAUGGACGCGUCUCAAGAUCCUCCGAGGCCAGGUGACGCAAGCCGUCCUCACGGCUCCGAUUUCCUACCGUCCUUGUUCGCCCCCAUCCCGAGAACCCCACCACCGAGAUAUGUCGCUGAGACUCCGACACACUCUGCCUCUUUUUCUCCCAACCCCUGCUAUGCUGCCCCCCAUUCACAGCCCCCCUAUCGCACGGCCGUAUCAUGUCCGUCAUCGCCACCACCUGACGCAAGGAUACGACCUACAAGGUCGAACACGGACUUUCGCCGGGAAGGCCAACUCAGAGCGCGUUUAGGGAUUUUCGAACCUAGUGAACGCAUGACUUGGAGACACGCUGGGGUCUGGGAUACCGAGUCGACCGUGGUCACCAAAUCUGCGACGGGUCUCGAGCAAGAACCCUCCAUUCACGGCCGUAGUAGCGAUGAAUAUGCCUCGAGUGGUCAUAGUGGACAUCGACGAGAAAGCUCUAUAACGGACAGUAUGUCCUCGUCGGCGAGUCACAAUUCGGACGUCUCGACCACCUGGAGGAGUACGACGGGCCAUUCAGUCAUCACGGACGUUACGAUCCCGGAGUCGGAUGACGAGUGCGAGCCGAGACGGGUAAAUGAGAGGUGGCCUGAGUUUCAGGCUGUUUGAGGGCAUGAUGAGAACGGCCAGAAGGGAGCUUGAGAUCAGUCAGGAUCAGUCUCUAGAGCUCCCGGUUCAGGUUGU